AUGAGUUCCCCGGAAGAUGAGGACCAAGCUGAGGUGACACUGCGUGGAGGGAACGUGGGCCCCAGGGCUGAGGAGACGCUCAGGUUUUUGAGAACAGGCCCCAGAGCCCCAGGCGCACCCGGCCUAGGCCUGGGCCGCACGGUGCCCCCCAGAGGCCGCACUGAGCGGGGCUUCCAGGGCCCCGGGGCUCCCGGCUGCGGGUCCCAACUGAUGUCCGUGGGGGAGGCGGUGCUGUGUGACCCGGAAGGCCUUCUCGGCACCUCUGGCCUCCGUGGCGAUGCCGGCAGGCACGAGGAGCGGCCUGACCUGAUGGCCCUCAUGCCCGUGUUCCCCGAGGAGGCCGAGGCGGCCCGGGAGCCGCUGGUGCUCUACCAGGGGCCACGGGAUGUCCGCAGAAACCCAUCCCCAGUGAGCUGCUGGGAUGAGAACUCCGCCCGUUGGCAGGGGCUCAAUUCAGUGGUCUGCGCUAGGCCCCCGUUCCCUCCCGAUCUCAUAGAAGUGCAUCCGCCUGCUGCCAACUCUCGCAGCCUCAGUGGGCCCCAGGGAGGCCGAGACGGGAGGCUGGCCAGGAGAGGCACCAGGGGCCGCUUGCACGUGCCUAAGGCCCUUCUGCAGCGGGCCCCUUCUGCGGAAGGCCUGGCCAAGGUGGAUUCUGACCUGGACUCGCCAGAUGACUUCAGUGAGGUCCAGAGGGCGAGGGAAGGGAGAGGGGCCGCCAAGGCAGGGGCCUCCAGGGAAAGGGGCCCAAGCGGCACCCUGAACCCGGAGAGUUCUAGAGAUACGCCCAGACGCACCAAGUUCCCUGGUCGGGAGAACUUGUUUUACAUGCGAGGAUCCAUGCCUCCGUCCCCCCCGCGAAGAGUCCCCAUAGCUGUGGAGAGGCAGGCUGCAGGAGGUCGGGAAGCCUCUCCUGGCAAGAAGUGGCUUAAUGUGGUUGUGCCGAAGGGACGGGGCAAGCCCAGCUACCCUGCAGUGCCCCUAGAUAGCAGCCUGCCCCUAGGCACUUCUAGGAGUGCGAUCCAAGAGAAGAAAUCCCUUGGGGGUCCCUCCAAAUCGUCCCUGGGGAGAUCCGGUCCUUCCUGGGCACAGAGAACGUCAACAGCCACGCCGGAGCCCGCCACAUUCCCACCAAUUCCUGGUGCCAAAACGCUGGGGAGGUCCGAGCGCCAUUCCUUGCUGCCUGUGCCAAGCAAGCAGUCUAAGCACAAUUGGGCCAGUGGCAAGAAAGCUGUGGCCAAGAAGCCAAGGGAGUGCGAGCAGGGGGCCCCAGAUGAUGACACGAAGAGAGAGACAUCUCCCAAGAGCCAGGUCCAGACGAGCAGGCCAAAGCAUUCUGGCCAGGGCAUGCGUUUUGCAGAAGGCAGCGGCGGCAGCCUCAGCACUAGAGCCCAGCGAGCUCCAGGCGACUCUCAGGCCUUGGUUUUGAGCCAAGGAGACAUCAGUAUCAGACAACCUGUUCGCUCAGGGCACCAGGAACAACCUGAGUAUUCCCCAGGACCAGAAUCUCUGCCCCAGUCCCCUGGAGGAACGGACUGCCCUCGGGCUGAAGGACGGUUUUUGUGCGGAAGAAGCAACGUUCGGUUCCCUGGAGAUACAGACAAGCUGGUCGCUCUCAAUUCUGCCCGAACCUGCUCCUUGUUCAUGAGACCCUUUGACAUCCUGGUCUAA